AUGGGCCCUCCCAGAUACGUGGUUCACUUUAUGGACAAUCAUCGGGGCGGCGACGUCCCUAGGAGGCCCUCCCAAAGCCGGCGGCGCCCCCAGAGGUCCUCCAUAAAGGGUGUUGGCGCACCUAUGGGACCUACUAGGUGCGAUGGCGCCCCCAUGAGCGCUCCUAGGGGCGGUGGCGGCCCUAAGGGCCCUCCCAUAGGCAGAGGCGCCCUUGAGUGCCCGCCCAAGAGCAGCUGGGGCCCUGCCCUGGGCAGCUUGCCCCUACGGGACCUACCAAGGUGUGGCAGCGCCCUCACGAACCCUCCCAAUGGCGGUGGCGCGCUUAGUGGCCUUCCCAGGAACGGCAGAGCCCCCAAGGGCCCUACCAGAGGCGACCCUCCUGGGAGCUCUAUAGCUUGGAGACCUGCUAGGUGCUGGUGCGCCGCCAAUGGACCUCACAGGCGUGGGGGCGCCCUCAGGGGCCCUCCCAGGGCUGUCGGCACCCCCAAGGACCUUCCCAGGAGGGUGAGCCCAGGAAAUUCCUGUGUGGUGCCCACAAACGCCCUCCCAAGGGCAGUGGUGCCCACAGAGGCCCUCUGA